AAAUAUAAAGUUUCUUGUAAAAUCUUUGUAAAAUUUGUGUUCAUACUGGCUUCUCUGUAGCUGCCUGAAAAUUCAAAAACUUGUAACUUUUGCAUGUGUGAUGGUAUCAUCUUUGUGAGAAGAAAAACCCUUUUUCCUUUUUUCUUUUUUCUUUGUUAAUGAUUAGGGUUUUUGAUUCUUCAGCUAUUUGGUGACCCAUUUAUUUGUGCAUUUGUCUUCUAAUUCGUAUUUAAGAUUAGCUCUGCAAACAUUGAAUUACUUUUGUAGCGAUUAUGAACUUGAACAAGUGAAUGCGUGAAAGCUGUUGAAUUGGUGGUGGAAUUGUUUGUCUAGGUUUUCAAUGCAACAAAAAGAGUACAAUAAAGCUCAUUACAAGUCAAAAACCCUAAAAUCUGAGGAAAAUCGAAGCUCUGAUGGUUUCAGCACUGGGCAAAGUAACACCAGUAUAUUGGAUCAACAGCGGUCUCGAAUUGAUGAUACGAACCUUUCUUCUGCUUCGCCUAUUUGUUCUGCACCGGUCUGCCGGCAAUUUUGGAAAUCUGGAAACUAUGACGAGGGGGGUGUUUCUAAAUCUAUCAUUAAAGAUGGCAGUAGUUAUCUACAUAUUCACCCCAGGUUCCUUCAUUCAAAUGCCACUUCACAUAAAUGGGCUUUUGGUGCCAUAGCAGAGUUGCUUGAUAAUGCUGUUGAUGAGAUUCAAAACGGGGCCACCUUUGUCAUUGUAGAUAAAACCUCAAAUCCGAGGGAUGGAUGCCCAGCAUUGUUAAUUCGAGAUGACGGUGGUGGAAUGGACUCAGAAGCAAUGCGGCGUUGUUUGAGUUUUGGCUUUUCAGAUAAGAAGUCAAAAUCGGCUAUUGGACAGUAUGGAAAUGGCUUCAAGACCAGCUCUAUGAGACUUGGGGCAGAUGUUAUUGUUUUUAGUCGCCAUUCGAAGGAAGGCUCGGAAAGGAAGUUAACCCAAAGCAUUGGUCUUCUGUCAUAUACAUUUCUGACGCAAACAGGCCAUGACAGAAUAGUAGUUCCCAUGGUGGAUUUUGAAUUCAAUACAUUUACUAGCAGAUUUGAAACCUUACACCCGUAUGGUAAAGAACAUUUCAUGUCUAAUCUUUCCAUGCUGUUGCAGUGGUCUCCAUAUUCAACAGAAUCAGAGCUUCUGAAACAAUUUGAUGACAUUGGUUAUCAUGGCACAAAAGUCAUCAUCUAUAAUUUAUGGUUAAAUGAUGAGAAUACAAUGGAGCUAGAUUUCAACUCAGAUCCUGAGGAUAUUUGUUUGAGGCAGGAUGCCAAACCUACGGAGAAAGGUAGAGGUAAGAAUCGGUACGCACUAGUAAAUGAACAGCACAUGGCUAACCGACUUCACUAUUCCCUCCGUGUAUAUUUUUCCAUCUUGUACUUGCGAUUACCUGAAAGUUUCAGCAUAAUAUUGCGUGGGAGAGUUAUUGAUUAUCAUAAUAUUGCCAGUGAUCUCAAAUUUCCAGAAUUUAUCUUAUACAAACCUCAGAGUGGUGGAUGUGUGGAGGGUGAAGUUCUCACAACAAUAGGGUUUCUGAAGGAAGCUCCACGAGUUAAUCUCCAUGGGUUCAAUGUCUAUCAUAAGAACCGUUUAAUACUGCCAUUUUGGCAUGUUGUAAGCUACACUGACAGUAGAGGCAGAGGGGUUGUUGGUGUUCUGGAAGCAAAUUUUAUUGAGCCUACCCACAAUAAGCAAGAUUUUGAGAAAACUUCUGUUUUUCAAAAGCUUGAAAACCGCUUGAAGGAAAUGACAUGGGAAUACUGGGAUUACCAUUGUGGACUCAUUGGGUAUCAUCAGGUUAAGAAAAAGCUUCCAGCACCAACCCCUUCACUGGGAUCAGCUGAUAUGAAAAAACCUGUUGUGCUUAACAAGAUUUCCUCUAUAAUGGCUACUACAAAUGCAGCACCGCCAGGUUUUGGUCUUCGGCACCUACCUACUGCUUCCUCCAAUGGCAUAGAAAGAAAGCCUGGAAAAUUAUUACCCAACUUUCAAAGGAUUUGCCUACCAGGAGAACAAUUAAAGAGGAAAGGAGAUCAUCAUUUAGCAGAACCUGAAAAGGUGAAAAGGAGGGCAGGAGGAGUCAAUGUAAUUGAUACUGGGUCCAAUCUGGAAAUACAGUCUGUCCCUACUACUGUAAAUCAGUUGGAAGGUGAGGAAGCCAUAAACUUGAUGCAAGAAUACCAGAGGCUCCAAGUACGAUGCUUGGAAUUUGAGAAGGGGGAGGAAGAACUUAAUCGUAAGGUGAUACUGCUUAGAAGUGAACUAAAAGACCUGGAACAUGAGUAUACUCGUAUGUUGGCCGAAUUACAAUUUUUGGAUGAAGUCAAGGAAGAAAAUAAUGUUCGUUAAUUGCACAUGCCUGCAAAGAAUGACGGGCGAUGCUGAAUGCUUGUGUUUUAGCAACGGAGUUGGCAGAAUGGAUUUGGCGUGGACAAGGCCAUGACAUUGUUCUGAAUGAAGCAAAGCAAUGAUUGUCAAAAUGCAUUGAGAUGCGAGGGCGCCAAUAUUUAUCUGAAGAAAUUUUGGAAGAAAACAAUUUGGGCUACAAUAUUUUUGGCAGAGACAGCAGUGGAGGCUAUGAAAUAUUGUCCUAAACGAGGAAAUUCCUAGAUUUGAGAGAACAUUCAAACUCGCAUCCAAUUUCAUUUGGGGGAAAUGUGGCAACGAAGGUGAAUCAAUUCAUGUGUAAUUUUCAUGUUUAUGGCAUUAUAAAUCACUUGGGACAUGGUGAGAUGUGGUCCAUGAGCAGUGAUUUAUGUUUAUCCUCACUGAGGGGUGUGUUGUAAAAUACAAAGUUAAAUUGCGGUACCAUGUGACUGCCUUUGCCUGUUCUGGAUAAUAUUUCGUGUUUUAUUCACCAUGAGGCUUCGUUCCCAUUUCUCCCAUAUUAUUACAGAAGCUCACAGUGAGUGUUUAGUAGUUUCAAAUCAUGUUUCCAUGGAUUACUUGGGGUUGCACACGGGGCUGCGGAGCUUCAACUCUCGGAAAAAGUUGAAGCUGCUAGUGGCACUUCAAUGUGUUCUUCCACCUUAGGGCUGGUUAUUGUUCCUUGAUGUGCGCACGGGUAACCUUUUCCACUCAUGCAUCUUGAGGGCUAGCAUUUUUCGGACAUAGAGAUCGAUGAACAUUUUCACAUUAACUAGUUGUUUACUUUUCUUGUUUGAUCCUUCUAUGCCCUCUUGCGGUCUUGUUUCUUCUUGGUCUUUUUUUUCCAGAUUAUGUGUUUAUGGUUUGUGUAUUACAUGCCUCAAUCAUCAUGUGAAAACUUGUUGCAUUUUUAAGUUGCUUCCAAAUAAGAACAAACUCCAUCUA